AUGCCGAAACGGAAGAAUGUCACGCCAGAGGCGCUGGAAAAUAAGCGUGCCAGGCUCGGGGCAGCUGCGAAGUCACUUGAAGAAUACUCUCUGAAGCCGAAUACCCUACGGGAGCGCGAGCGUACUGCCGCCAUGGACGAAGAGAAGAGAGCUCAGGAUCGACACAGAAAGGCUCGCAAUGAAUCGUUCGCACGGUUCAAGAAGGCUCAGAUCAAGCAGUCUAGCGAGUUUAGCGAGCUGAGUAGGGACCGUCAAGCUGCCCUGGUUGAGGAAUGGAGAUCGAUGCAUACAGCAGAAUAUGACCGGAAAGCUGCUAAGAAGCAAGCAGAGACUGAUCCAGCUCUCUCACCCGACGAACAGGCCGAAAUCGAUGAAGCUGACUGGUUCCUUGAGCUUGGAGAUAGUGAAAGCAAAUCAAAGAUAACAUUUCAAAAGGAGGAUCAGGUUGAGUGGGAAUGGGAUACCCUCACCCUUGGUGAACGAUGCGAUAAAGCACUUGGGGGCCUUGGCAACGAAUGCCUUCCUCAAGAAACGAUUCUCAAUCCUUUGUCAUCAAAAGAGAUUGACAAGGAGACAGCGAACUCUGUUGGAACUUUUGCCUUUCAGGCAGCCUCUUCCACUUUUGCGACUGCUCAUAACCAAUGGCAUCGCUCGAUCCGGAAGUUCUGGAACAAACUUGUUGCUCUGGAGAGUCUGGUUCUCCCUGACGAGGCAGCUAUGAAGCAGAUUUCACAAAUUGUCGACAGCGAGACUAAAAAGAUCUGCGUUAGAGAAGUACGACUCCCACUGCCACACGAGAUUUUCAGCCCAAUCGAGCGCGCAGUCUGCCGUAGUAUCCUUGCCUGGGAUGUCGCAGCCCAAAGGGCUUAUUCAAGUGGUCUUCCUGGACCCUCCUGGCUGAUACCAGAAAAUUAUAACUACUCCGCCAAUGGUUUCCUUCCAUCAGUGAGCUUGAAAGGGGAGAAGCACCUCGCGAAGAUGGCAUACAAGCUCUGUGAGAGGGAGAAUACUCUGAGCCGCGAACAGACUCUCUGGCCUGAGAUAAUGGCUGCCCUUAUCGAGUGCAAUGUCAAAGAGUAUAAUGGGAUUACUCUAGAGGCCUUUCUACUCCCACUACUGCGAGAAGAUGAACUAUGCCUAGCAUCUUCGGGAAUCGAGAAGGAGCCUCGCCUGUUUCAAGAAGACGAAGAGGGAUAG